UCCAUCAUCACAAUGAUCUCAAUCUCUUCUUCUGAAUUGAACUACUUAGUCUUCCGUUACCUUCACGAAUCAGGUUUUACUCAUUCUGCUUUUGCAUUCGGGUAUGAAGCAGGAAUCGAGAACAGCAGAAUUGAUGUUAAUGUGGUUCCACCGGGUGCUCUUGUUACUUUCAUACAGAAAGGAAUUCAAUAUCUUGAGCUGGAAGCAAACUUGAGUGGUCUACAGAGUGAUGCUGACAUGGAUGAAGAUUUAUCAUUUCUACAGCCGCUGGAUCUUAUCACAAAGGACCCAUAUGAACUACACAAUAUAGUAAAAGCCAAAAAGGAAAACCUACGUCAGCAUAAAUUCGAAUCAAAUAUAAUAAUGAAUGAAUUGAGUCAGGACGACGGAAGGGAACGUGUUCAGGAUACAGAGAAAGAGAGGAAAGAAAAGGAAAAUGAACAAAGAAUGGAAAAAAUACGGUUAGAGAAAGAGACAGAGCAAGUGAAGGGUGAAUAUAAAGAAGCACAACACACCGAUCAAAACCAUACAGAGAAUCAUGAAGAUAAGAUUAUUGUUGAAAAUCUGGAAAAUAGAGCGCAUGGAGGGCCUGAACCAAUGGAAAUCUCACAGAGCUCCAUGUCAUUGCCUAAUGAAACUCCAUGUGCUGAUGUAAAAAUUUUGGAAGGCCAUAAAUCAGAGGUUUUUGCUUGUGCAUGGAAUCCAUCAGGUCCACUUCUUGCGUCUGGAUCUGGAGAUUCAACAGCUCGAAUUUGGAAAAUUGCUGAUGGACAUUGUAGCUCUAGUGUGCAAAAUGAAUCAGUAAAUGUUGUAGUGCUGCAGCACUUAAAAGAAAGCACCAAUGAAGAAAGCAAGGAUGUCACAACACUUGACUGGAAUGGUGACGGAACUCUAUUGGCAACUGGUUCUUAUGAUGGCCAAGCAAGAAUAUGGAGUAGAGAUGGCGAGUUGAAUAGUACACUAAACAAGCACAAAGGUCCAAUCUUUUCUCUAAAGUGGAACAAGAAAGGGGAUUAUCUUCUUAGUGGAAGUGUAGACAAAACUGCUGUUGUAUGGAACAUAAAGACUGGGGAAUGGAAACAACAAUUUGAAUUUCACUCUGGACCAACUCUUGAUGUUGAUUGGCGAAACAAUGUUUCAUUUGCAACAUGCUCCACCGAUAAAAUGAUAUAUGUUUGUAAAAUUGGGGAGAAUAGACCAAUCAAAACUUUCUCAGGGCAUCAGGAUGAAGUUAAUGCCAUUAAAUGGGAUCCAACAGGUUCUUUACUGGCUUCCUGCUCAGAUGAUCACACUGCAAAAAUAUGGAGUUUAAAGCAGGACAAGCAUUUACAUGAUUUAAAGGAACAUGUCAAGGAGAUAUAUACUAUCCGAUGGAGCCCUACAGGUCCAGGUACCAACAGUCCCAACCAGCAGUUAGUACUAGCAAGUGCCUCAUUCGACUCCACAAUAAAGCUAUGGGAUGUGGAACUAGGGAGUGUACUCUACAGCUUAAAUGGCCACAGGGAUCCUGUAUAUUCCGUUGCAUUCAGCCCUAAUGGCGAGUAUCUGGCAAGUGGCUCCAUGGAUAGAUACAUGCAUAUAUGGUCGGUGAAGGAGGGCAAGAUUGUGAAAACAUACGCGGGAAAUGGUGGGAUAUUUGAAGUUAAUUGGAGCAAAGACGGUGAUAAAGUUGCUGCCUGUUUUUCAAACAAUAUAGUCUGUGUUUUGGAUUUCCGAAUGUAAAUUACAGGGGUGCUUACUGCUAAUAUUUAUUUCCUCGGUGCCACAAACAGUUACAAAUUUUGUACAGGGCCAUUUGCAACAU